AAAGCUCGCAAGGCGUAGUUCUAAUUUGCUAAACAAAAAUACAAGAAAAACAAAUAAUGUUAAAACCCAAAGCGCUCACCCAAGUGCUCAGCCAGGCGAACACAGGAGGCGUCGAGAAUACUCUCCUACUUAGUCAGGAGGGUGCUCUCCUGGCAUACUCUGGGUAUGGCGAUAAGGAUGCGCGUAUUACGGCUGCCAUUGCGAGUAACAUUUGGGCAGCUUACGAAAAGCACGGACGAAAUGCUUUCCGCGAGGACCGCUUGACAUUUGUGCUCAUCGACUGCGAAUGUGGCCAUGUUGCCAUAACACAGGUGGCGAGUGUCUUGCUGUGCCUUUAUGCCAAAGAACAUGUUGGCUUGGGCAUGCUCAAGCAGAAGGCCAUGUCUCUGGCCGCCUAUUUGGAGAGGCCACUGAAGCAGAUCUCGGCAUCGUAGUGCAUUAUUUGAAUUAAUAUUUCACUGAAUGUUUUUAGGAGUAAUGAUUUUCGUUUGUUUUUUUAUAAAUAUACACAGACAUACUUUCCUAUUAAAUGCUAAUCUCAUAUUCAACA